AUGCCGUCAGUGGGGGCUUCUGGCGGAAUUUUGACGCUUUGGAACACAAACUCAGUGUGUGCUGUUUUUAAUUUUGGUGGUAAGGGAUACCUGGGAAUGAAGAUUAUAUGGAGGGGGAAGUAUUACUAUGUUGUCAAUAUAUAUUCGCCUAUUUCCAGGGAGGAUAAGAGAAUUUUGUGGGACAAAUUGAUUAGCCUGAAAUCGCGAUACAGUGAUGGAGAGUGGUUAUUGGGUGGAGACUUCAAUGCUGUGCGGAACAAGAGGGAGAGAAAAGGAGUUAUAAUUUCAAAUCCGCGGAGGGAAUGGUCGGAUUUUGAAGAGUUCAUUAGGUUGACCGGAUUAGAAGACGUUCCGUGUAAAGGAAAGAAGUACACGUGGUUUGGUGGAGACGGGAGAACGAGAAGUCGAAUUGAUCGUUUCUUGGUGGCGGAUAACAUUGUUAGUGAUUGGGGGGUUAUUGGUCAAAUGGUUGAGGAUCGUGAUGUUUCGGACCAUUGUCCGGUUUGGUUGAUUUGUGAUAAAGCUAAUUGGGGUCCUAAACCGUUCAAAGUUAAUAAAGAAUGGUUUUCCAAUAAGGAUUUCCUUCCUUUUGUGAAGAAAGAAUGGAUAUCUAUAAAAGUAGAGGGAAGGGGUGAUUUUAUUCUUAAAGAGAAGCUAAGAAUUCUUAAAGAUAAGUUGAGAUGGUGGAACAUUAAUGUUUUUGGUAGGUUCGAUUUGGCGGUGGAGGAGAAUGUGCGCAUUUUGAAUGAAGGAGACGUGGAUAUGGGGGAAGAUGAUGUAGAGGACUCUUUUGAGAUGAUAGAAAGGAAGAAAAGGGCAUCUAAAGACUUUUGGUUGAAUUUGAAAAUUAAAGAAAAUAUGUUAAUUCAAAAGUCUAGGUUGAAGUGGUUAAAUGAUGGAGAUACUAAUAGUAAGUUUUUUCAUGGGGUGAUGAAAGCUAGAAGGACCCGGAAUUUUAUUGGCUCGCUUGUGAAAGAAGGUGAAAUUAUUAACUCGGUGUCGGAAAUAAAGGAAGAAGUGAAGAUUCAUUUUGAGAAGAAAUUUAUUGAUGAUCGGAGGAUAAGGCCGGUUUUAGAUGGCAUUCAUUUUGAGACCUUAGAAGUGGAGGAUAAAAAUUUUCUUGAGAACCCUUUUGAGGAAUCCGAAAUAAAGGCGGCUAUUUGGGAUUGUGAUGGGUUGAAAAGUCCGGGGCCCGAUGGAUAA